ACGGAAGCACAGGGGGGAGGACGAUGUCCCUUGCCUUUACAAACCUAGGCAAUUUUCUUUAUUUUGCUAUUGUUUUGCCCUUUAUCUUGCGCUUCGUCCCCUUCUCCUGCUGUGCAACUCUUCCUGUGUUUCUGGACCAUUCUUUGCUCCUUUUAUUGGUUAGAAACAAAGUUAUAAAUUUUGGUGACAAUACUGUCUUCAUUGACAGAAACCAAAUCAGUUUUCCUGGCAGGUUUGAACCCCCCGUGUGCAGGUUAUCUUUUUUCUGUUUGUCCUAUAAGGGCUCGAUGACACAGGCGCUGGAUUAGGAAGGGAUUCUGCUGUGUAUGUCAAUGGCUUUCACUUACUAUUGUUGUAUUGAUCUUCCUAUUUCGGAUUGACCUAAAGAGAGCACUUCAAUGCCAUAACACUAAUUCUAAAUACAGUUUAAUAACAAAAAAGCAGCUUGUGAGAACGGUCAAAACACCGCACUUUUUAAGGGUGCCAUGCUGGCAACAAUAGAUUUCCAAAACGCGUCAAUUGAUAAUCAGGCCAUGAAGGAUGAGAUGAAGGAAUCCAAUUCAACUUACACAAGGAAUAAAAUGCUUGUACGUAUGGAGUCAGCUGUUAGCAGUGUUACCAGCACCCAAGAAUUAGUUGAGGCUUCAAAGACUACGAAAGCUGGUAAACUCAGGGCAAUGAUAACAAACUGCUCAAGACGAAUGCUAUUGGCAAUAAUAUGCCUGCUCUCUAUUGGGAUUCUAACGUUUGGCACACUAUACGUAUUGGAGUAUCAUAAAGAAAAGGUGAAUCGGCUGAAUGGCACAGGCAUGAAAAGUGAUGCAAGAAAUUGCUACGAGUAUCCUUCUGACGCAGUUUUAGAUCAAAUGCCUGCUGAAGUCAAAGAGUUGCUGCCCACACUGGAAUCUGACAUCACGACAAGGGCCCAGCUGUCUGGAAUAAAGGCUGCAUCUUUUGGAAUUGCAUACAAGGGAAAAUUUUGGUGGAAAUUCAAUUUUGGUCGAUUAAACUUCUCGAAUCCCAAUUCGCCUGCACCCGAUAGCAAUACUCCGUUUCCUGUCGCAAGUAUCUCAAAGAUCGUAACAGCUGUUAUGCUACUGAAGUUACUAGAAAAAGGUGUCAUAAAGAAUAUUGAUGACCCUGUAAGAAUGUACGAUCCGCAAUUCAAUGUGAUAAAUCCGUUUAACAAGGAGCAGAUAACAUUCAGGCAGCUUCAAUGCAUGGCCAGUGGUCUUCGCCGUGAGGCUCCAUGUAAUCCUCCGUUGUCUCACAAUUUUUGUCCAUAUAACACAACUGAGAUGUGGAAGCGUAUUUCACACUUGCCGUUGGAGCUCAGACCAAACCUUACACCCGUGUACAGCAACUUAGGCUAUGCAAUUCUGGGCCGUCUUAUGGAAAGAAUUUUGAAUGGAACAACCUAUGAAGAGUGGGUGCAAAAAGAAAUAUUUGACAAGCUUGAUUUGAAGAAUGCAGGAUUUAACAUAAAAGAUAAGUUCAACGAAAUUCCUGUUUCGUCUGGAAAAGACGGUAAAAUUUCAAGAAUCAUCGAUUGGGGUUGGCUGCGACCGGCUGGUGGACUAUACAUGUCACUUGAUAGUUUGAACAAGUUAACCAGCAUCUUAUUGGAGGGUUUAAACACAACAUUCAUAAACAAGUCUUCGAAACGACGCCUGUUUACGCACAAUUACGAAAGCGAUCUUGGCUGUCCCUUUGCACUUGCGAAGUACAAAAUAGAAGUUACAGAAAAAGAGACGAAAUAUCAAAAAUUCUUCAAGUUUAACGGACUGACUGUAGGAUACUUUGCAGAUAUUCAUGUUUCUCCUGAGAAUACUGUUGCGGUGUAUGCGCUUUUUGCUCACGGAGGAGAGUACAGCGACGCUAUGAAAAUCUCUGGGAUUAUUGGAGGAAAGGUGCUCACCACGGUCUCACAGGUUUUGCAAAGAAGAAAAAGUAAGUACCAAGCACCACAGAAUAUGGAAGCUUAUAAGGGUACAUAUAAGCUGGCAAGUUACUGGCCAAUGAUAUCCAAAAAUGUCGUUAUUCGGGAAAUUGAUGGCAGGUUGAAUCUUCAAGUGGAAUGGUUAAGCACUGAUCUUACGUAUGUCAGCCCUUGGACGUUGAAAUCGGUACCUCCUGGAGAUAGGAGAUAUUGCAAAGAUAGCUAUACAAUCACUGGGCUUAUGAACAAUAUAUUCUACUUUACAGCACCUCCAAAAGGAUCGAAUAAAAGUCCUGGUUUCUAUGUACCUUCUUACAGUUCGUUUGGAUAUGCUUCGUUUUCCAGGGUGUGAUGACGUCAUCGAGACCACUUUUUAAUAUUAAAUGCUGCUCUAGUAAACCUGCAUGGUAUGAGAACAUAAUGUUGAUCAGUAUUAUCAUGUGGUAUCUGAAAGUUUGAUAUGGACGGGAGAAUGAGAAGACAUCAAGGACCAACUCAGUGAGCGUGGCUUUGAAAAGCUGAUGCCUUUAAAUGUAUUGACUUUCGUUUUACCUCGCCACCUGUAACACACUGCCACUGAAUCCAAAGAACGCAGAGUAUGUUACAGACUGAGGGGGCGAAAACUUUUCGAAGGGGGAGCUAAAUAUGCUAAAAACCAAGAGUAGGGUGAAUUUUUGUAUGGCUUUAAGUAUAUUUAGGAACAUUUUGGUGGGCUAGAGCCCCCGUAGACCCCCUUCCAAAUUCCGCGGUCCCUGACUGAAUCAUUCAACAUAGGUAUAGAUAUAGAGCUUCGAGGCUUUUUUUAGAUAAUUGGAUCCAACCAACAUAAGUAGUUUUGCCCACCAACAAGCUAGCCGGAAAAUUUGGGAUUCCCAGGUGUUUGCAGUACCUUUGAAAUGUUUGCGGUAAAAACCAUUUAAUUUCAGCAACAGUUUAAAGCUAAAAUCUCUCGAUCUCAGGAAGAAAAGUCAGAGCAACAAUGAUAAAUUUUGAUUUCACGCUUAUUCACUGUACAAACCAGAGAUUUAUACUUGAAAAAUUUCAACUUUCUUAUAUGUAUUCCAUAUUCUUAUAACUAGAUGUGAAUUUUCAUCAGGAUUUUUCCUUGUUACGUCUACAGAUAACUGUAAUUAUGUUCUGUUGCUUGUUAGUUUUGCAAAUGAAAGGGGCAUUUACUUUUAAGGGGUAGCAAGGCUCCCAAGUUUUCUCGACCAGUUUCCGAAUGAAGAACUGUUUAGGACGUGAAGAUCUCAACCAGACCAUUAGAUCAGCCAUGAUGCCCCUUUGAAAGUUAUAAAAGAGGAAGUAUUUUUUGCAAAAUGACGUAUUCGUUUAUCAUUAUGUAUAUGUUUUCGAAUUUUAUUUUAAUGCCAACGUCUGUUUUGGACACGUUUAUAUUUUAUUGCUGCACAUUCUUCGGAAUAGUAACCUACCAAUGUACAAGAAAAGAAUUUAAACCUA